UUUGAUUGCUUUAAGUAUUGUAUUAGUGUUUUAUAUAUUUAUUUUUUAUUUAGCUGUAUUGAGGAACUUUUUAUAUCAAUAUACAGCUUGGUGGCACCACACCUCCACAACAGUUACAACAUAACUAUAACCCAACCACCACCGUGAUGACCACUUUUACUGCAUAACUACCUUUACAUCUAUUUGCACCUUCAGCAAGAUUACCACAACUGCAGUCAUUACCAUCACUGUUUUGACUAUAUCAGACAAUCAUUACCGCACCAUCCUGAAAGAGAAAAUUGAAUUAACUCUAUGUCUAAGUUUGAACCCCUUGCCUACAAGCCUAGAAAACGAGCUCACGACAAAUAAUCAAGCACAAAAGGGUGAAGUAGAGUGCAUGGUUACUUUUUGGUAAUUGAAUGGGUUAAAGUAGUGUUCUGCUGCAAUUUUUAUGACAUAUAUUGAUCACAAGAUAUUUCCUUAAUGGGAGGAGCUUGUUCUAGGAAGAGAGGCCAAUUGGAUCAUGAAGAUAGGUUAAAUAGAGGGGUUUGUGGAAGAUAUCAUAAAAGUGGAAGUUCCAAGUGGUUGAUGACCUCAUUUUUUAGGCCUCCGCUGGAAAUCCAACGAGGACAAGGGAAAUGCCCGUCCCUUAUGGAGUUGUGUGCUCAUAAAAUUCGUGAGGACAUAGAUAGAUAUAAUACCUUUUCAAUGCUCCCAAGGGAUAUCAGUCAGCAAAUCUUCAAUGAACUGGUAAAUUCCCAACGUCUAACUGAUAUUUCUCUAGAAGCUUUUCGAGACUGUGCUCUCCAGGACCUUUACCUGGGAGAGUACCCUGGUGUAAAUGACAAGUGGAUGGAUGUCAUUGCUUCUCAGGGCUCAUCUUUACUUUGUGUGGAUCUUUCUGGUUCUGAUGUCUCUAAUUCUGGGUUGAUUAAUCUCAAAGAUUGCACAAACCUGCAAUCCUUAAAUUUUAAUGACUGUAACCAGAUUUCAGAUUGUGGGCUUGGGCACAUCUCUGAUCUCUCAAACCUUACAAGUUUGAGUUUUAGAAGAAACAAUGCAAUUACUGCUCAAGGGAUGAGUGCCUUUGCUGGGUUGAUUAACUUAUCGAAGUUGGAUCUGGAAAGAUGUAUUGGAAUUCAUGGCGGUCUUGGUCAUCUUAAAGGUCUGACAAAGCUGGAGUCUCUUAAUAUUAAAUGGUGUAAUUGCAUCACGGAUUCUGAUAUGAAGCCUCUCUCAGGGCUUAGAAACUUGAAAAGUCUACAAAUUUCCUGCAGCAAGGUUACUGAUGUCGGCAUUACUUACUUGAAAGGUCUGCAAAAGCUUUCUCUAUUGAAUUUGGAAGGCUGCCCAGUGACGGCUGCAUGCUUAGACUCUCUUUCAGCUCUUGGGGACCUGCUGUAUUUGAAUCUUAAUAGAUGUCAUCUGUCUGAUGAUGGAUGUGAGAAAUUUUCCAGGCUUGGGAGUUUGAAAGUAUUAAACUUGGGAUUCAAUGACAUAACAGAUGCAUGUUUGGUGCACUUGAAAGGUGAGUGCUCUGUUUUGUUUACUGUGUGUUCAACAGUCUAAUUUAUUCAUUUUACAU